GUCGCGCUUCUUUUUUUUUGGAGUCCGUUGCAAUUUUAAUGAACUAGGCCUAUGCAGCAGCUAUUCCGGAGGUCACCUGCUGCUGCUCGACAUUUAUGUCAAAAGAUGGACAAACUGGACGAGGUUGCAAUCGCCACACUCAGAGCUGCUAAUAUUGGAGAAGACUUACUCCCCUCGCUUUCCCGAGACGACAUCAAAGACCUCUUUCCUGGUCCUGAAAAUUUCUUGAGGCGGCGGGCUAUAUGGCUUUUUUGUAAAUAAAGAUGAAAAGGUGGAUACUGCUCCCGAAAUUCAGCAAUCACCCCCCACUGGAGGCAGUGACUUUUCAAAAGAGGAGGCCAAUACUUCUAAAUGUGUGACUAUGUCAAACCCAGAAUACAUAGUCUUCACAGACAGUGAGCUUGAACAGGUGCGACGCUCCUACUUUGAACAGAAACGGCUGGGGACCGAGCACAAUGUGACCCUAUCCAAGGAGCUCUUCUGCCGACUCAUAAGAAACACUAUGACUAACAUGAUCUCCAUCGCAAGAGCCACAGAGGACUCCAGAUACCCCACCAAACAUGAGGUGAAUGCCAUGGCAAAGCGACUGGUGGAUUACUAUCCAAUGAUAAAAGACGGGUCAUCAAACAAUGAGUGGGAGCAUGUUGCCAAAAAGCUCAUGAAGAGACUCUCAAAUGUCAGAAGUCCAAAGAAGGCCAAAGGUCCUCCUUCCAAGAAACCACGACAAGAAGUCAGUUCAGACGUUGCAACUACUGACUAUGACGAAGAUUCCAGUACAUCCACCAUUAUUCUGGAAUGGUCACCUGUUAGUCCCAUGGGCAUCCCAGUAGAUCUGUCACCUAGAACCAGCACCCCAGCGCAGAACAACAGUGGUGAAGAAUCUUGUUCAGUUGACAUCAUGGACAGCCAGAAAAUCCAAGCAAGACACUACAAGACCCUCCAAGAAAUGUACAAGUCCAAAAAGCCAAACAAAGCUGCGGUAACUCAUUUGCUGAACAUGGAAUUUGAGUCUCGAAGACACUUCAUCACCUCUGAUGUUUUAAAGGAGCAAGACAGAGCAACAAAGAUUCUAGAGGCUUACCCUUGUUUCAGAGAACUGGAUCAUGUGCUGGAUGAGCUGCAGCGAAUCAUCCAACUGACCAACUCCCAGUCCUAGCGACUUCCGAGGAUCCUAAUGGUUUCAUGCAGCAGCGACCCCUGUCUUCUCCAGUUCUGCUCGUUUCUGAGGACAACUGCAUGAUCGCCUUCGGAAAAACUCCUGUGACCACCUUCACCAUGGACAGACUUAAUGAGGGACUUCUCUACGUCAUGGCAUAUUACUAUGCCCUGCACAUGACCUACCCCAAGUGCAUUUCUACACUACUGUCAGUACUGCAGACAGAGGUACUUCAAGAUUCAAUUCAUGAGCAGGAUUUGACCCCUCACUACACAAAAGCAAUGGGUGAGUGGAAGUCAUUCAGUGAGUGAGUCCCUUUGUCCAUCACUCUGCCCCACUCUUCCUGUUGCAAGACUUUCAAAGAAAGUUGAUGUUCUGUUUAAAAAAAAAAGUUCAUCACAGUUAGGCACAUUUGUUGGUGAGAUUGAAAACCUUUCCUGUGGGAUAAUAUGCAACAUGGUGUUUAUUGCUGUAGUAUGCUGCUACAAUAACUGAUGGGUUUUUUUGAUAGUGGGGUUUAAAUCAAAACUGGCUUUUCAAUCUGUUAGAUUAUGAUAGCUCUGGAAUGUGGAAGUCGUCCUUUUUUGGAUGUUGAGUUAAGCAAUUGUAUUGCAAAGUUAAUAAAAAAAUAUUAAAUGAGAAA